AUGCGCGCCAUAGUCUGCGCAACCCCAGGGCCCCCCUCCGUCCUCCAAAUCCAACACAUCCCCAUCCCCGCUCCGCAACCAGGCCAAGUGCUCAUCCGCAUCCUCGCCUUCGGCAUCAACCGUGCCGAAAUGUACACCCGCCAAGGCCACUCUCCAGGUCUCCAGUUCCCCUUGAUCAUGGGCAUCGAGUGCGUAGGCGUCGUGGCCUCCCUGAAUGCUUCCUCUUCCUCUUCUUCUUCUUCUUCUUCUUCCACCCCUCCCAGGUUCCCCCUCGGCCAGCGUGUUGCAACAUGCAUGGGCGGGCUGGGGCGGCAGAUCCCGGGCAGCUAUGCAGAGUACUGUUGCGUGCCUGAGGAGAACCUGCGGCGGGUGCCUGACGAGACGACGACGAAGAAGGUCAGUGUCGCACAGAUCGCUGCGCUUCCCGAGAUGAUGCAGACGGCGUGGGGCUCGUUGGAAGGGGAAGGGUUGGACGUGCAGCCUGGCGAGAGCGUCCUCGUGCGCGGGGCGACGAGCUCGGUGGGGAUCUGUGCGCUGCAGCUCCUGCGGGCCAGGUUUGGAACGAGUCGGAUAGGUGCGACGACGAGAAAAGCGGAGCGCGAGGACAUGCUGAGAGAGGCUGGAGCGGACGAAGUGUUCAUCGACGACGGGUCAAUAGCUGAGAAAGUCCUGGGGAGUGGUGGAGAAGGAGGAGUAGAGACAAGGUUUGACAAGUGUCUGGAGCUCGUGGGCACGACAACACUCCUGGACAGCGCGGCGUGUCUGAGGCCCAAGGGGACUCUGUGUAUGACGGGAAUUCAGGGUGGGCAAUGGGAGAUGGAGAGGUUCAGUCCCAUGGCGGUGCCAAACCGGGUGAGGCUCUGUGCGUAUGGAGGAGGGCCGGAUGAUUUCCAUCGGAUGCCGUGGGAGGAGCUGGUGAGAGAUGUUGAAGAAGGACGCAUCAAGAUCCCUUAUAGGGAGUUCAAGAUGGAGGAUAUACAGGAGAUUCAUGAGAUUAUGGAGUCUGGUGGAGGCGGUGCCAAGAUGGUGGUUGUCAUACGCAACGAAUGA